AGCGCCAUGGCCCCGGGCGGCAGCAUCCUCCUCCUCCUCAUCCUCCUCCUCAGCGCCCUGGGGGCUCCGGCGCUGGGCGACCCCGGCCCUUUGGAAGACGUGGUGAUAGACAGAUACUAUAUCCCCAAAAUCUGCCUGCGGGAGGUCCAGAUGGGGGAUUUCAUUCGCUACCACUACAAUGGGACCUUUAAAGAUGGCAAAAAGUUUGAUUCCAGCUACGACCGAGGGGCCACGGUGGCCGGCGUGGUGGGCGUCGGGCGGCUGAUCACCGGCAUGGACCGGGGGCUGCAGGGCAUGUGUGUGAACGAGCGGCGUCACCUCAUCGUGCCCCCCCACCUGGGCUACGGCAGCAUCGGUGUGGCGGGGCUGAUCCCCCCAGAUGCCACCUUGUACUUCGACGUGGUCAUGCUGGACAUCUGGAACAAGAACGACAAGCUGCAGAUCACCACCCUCUCCAAACCCCAGCACUGCAACCGCACGGUGGAGAACUCGGACUUCGUGCGGUACCACUACAACGGCACACUGCUGGAUGGCACCCCCUUCGACUCCAGCUACAGCAAGGACAGCACCUACGACACCUACGUGGGCACGGGUUGGCUGAUCAAGGGCAUGGACCAGGCGCUGCUGGGCAUGUGCGCGGGGGAGAAGAGGAGCAUCAUCAUCCCCCCGUUCCUUGCCUACGGGGAGAAGGGCUAUGGGACGGUGAUCCCACCGCAGGCCUCGCUGGUGUUCAGCGUGCUGCUGGUUGACUUCCACAACCCCAAGGACAGCGUCUUCCUGGAGCACCUGGAGGUGCCAGAGUCCUGCAAGCGCAGGGCUGUGACCGGGGACUUUGUCCGAUACCACUACAACGGCACGCUCAUGGAUGGGACACUCUUUGACUCCAGCUACUCCCGCAAUCACACCUACAACACCUACAUCGGGAAGGGCUACAUCAUCCCCGGCAUGGACCAGGGCCUGCAAGGGGUCUGCGUGGGAGAGAAGAGGCGGGUGGUCAUCCCCCCACACCUGGCCUACGGGGAGAACGGAGCAGGGGACAAAAUUCCUGGCUCAGCCGUGCUCAUCUUCGACGUCCACAUCAUCGACUUCCACAACCCCGCGGACCCGGUGGAGAUCGAGACCGUGUACCGUCCCGAGGGCUGCAACGUCACCACCCGCGACAGAGACUUCGUCCGCUACCACUACAACUGCUCCUUGCUGGAUGGCACCAAGCUCUUCUCCUCCCACGACUACGAGAAGCCCCAGGAGGUGACUCUGGGGACCAACAAGGUGAUCGAGGGGCUGAACAGUGGCCUCCUCAACAUGUGUGCGGGGGAGAGGAGGGUGCUCAUCAUCCCCCCCCACCUGGGCCACGGGGAGAGCGGAGCCCGGGGGGUGCCCGGCAGCGCCGUGCUGCGCUUCGAGGUGGAGCUGAUCUCCAUGGAGGAGGGGGUUCCUGAGGGCUACCUCUUCAUCUGGCACGGGGACCCUCCGGCAAACCUCUACGAGCAGAUGGACCUCAACAAGGAUGGGGAGAUCCCCGCCGACGAGUUCUCCACCUUCAUCAAGACCCAGGUGGCGGAAGGGAAAGGUCGCCUCAUGCCCAGCUCUGACCCGGAGAAAGUCAUCGCCGACAUGUUCAGGAACCAGGACCGCAACCAGGACGGGAAGAUCACCACCGAGGAGCUGAAGCUGAAGUCGGAUGAGGACCAGGAGAAGAUCCACGAGGAGCUCUGAGCAUCAGACCUCACUUUCCCCCAGAGACAGGACUCAUCCCCGUUGUGUCACAGCUGGUGUCCCCACCCCCCCAGCUGCCUUGGGAAUCUGCCCCUGCCCCUCCCCAGCCCUUCAGGGGUGGGUAUUUUGGUUGUUUG